AUGUAUAGGAAAUUGUCUCAAGAUGAAUACGAUCAUAUUGCCGAUGAAGAUUUAGAUACGUUACAUGAAGCUUUGGAACUUUUAUGUGAAGAUUAUGGUCAAGGUGAAUGGGAGGUUGAAUAUAGUGCAGGAGUCAUGACUCUCACUCUACCCCCCGGCACAUGGGUGAUCAACAAACAACCACCCAAUCAACAAAUCUGGAUGUCUUCUCCUAUAUCCGGACCUGCACGCUUCGGUCGAUCGCCUGAUGGUUCUUGGGUACAUUUCCGAACUCCUGGCGUCACAUUAGGCGGUUUAUUAGAAUCAGAAUUAAGACAAAUUUUAGCUGGUGUACCUUCCGCCGACAAAUGGGAGGGGUUAGGUUUGAGAUGA